AACAUUAAUGGUUCAUUUGAGCACAAGACAUUUUGCCUAAAACUGCAGUCACAAAGGGAUAAACGUAGACAUGGGAUGGACCUACUGUGUUAUAUGGUGUCUGUGUUUGUCAGUGACUGAGUGCUGGCAGCCGCUCAACUCUGAAUCUGUAAUGCAAGGGGAACUCCAGUCUCCUCAGUAUCCCCGGCCUUACCCUCCCAACAUGCUGACGCAAUGGGACAUCUGGGUACCUGAGGGCUACCAGAUCCAGCUGUCACUAACAUACCUGGAUAUUAAAGCUUCUUCAGGCUGCAAUCAAGACUCUCUGACGGUUCUACAUGAGCAAAAGGUCUUAGGGAAGUUUUGUGGCCAGGAAAAUUCAGCUGAUCACCCAGGCAAAGAGCCGAUCCUUUCUCCAGGCAACACACUGACUCUCGUAUUCCAAACAAAUGACUCCACUCCGGAGCUCCAACAGCACAUCGGCUUCUCAGCUACCUACAAGGCAAUAGACAUAGAUGAAUGUUCACAAUCAGACCCUGGAGAUGGAUCAGGUCCACUCUGCUCUCAGAUCUGCGUCAACACCCCUGGGUCUUACCACUGCUCCUGCUACACUGGUUACAAACUACAUUUAGACCAGCAUACAUGUCUGUCAUCCUGUGGUGGUUGUAUAUACGACAAGCCUGAAGGACACCUGGCUAGUCCAGCAUACCCUCACCCCUCACCUCCUUUUCUGUCCUGCAAGUACAUCAUCUCUGUGGAGCCCAGCUUCACAAUCACUCUCAACUUCACUGACAACUUCCACAUAGAUAGCACGGACACUGAGCAAGGUCCCAGGUGUCUUCAUCACUGGCUGCAGGUGACCACUCCAGGCAGAGAGCCCAUGAAACUGUGUGGUGGAAAGAGUCCAGGUCUGAUAGCUACAAACUCUAACACUGUCAGACUGGACUACCACACUGAUGCUGAAGGCCUGAGUCGUGGCUGGAGCCUGGACUACAGCACACAUGGUGAGGUGAACAGAGAGAGACACGUGUUUUGUUAAUGUAACUAUAUCUAUGUGUCUUGUGACCAAGGAUACAAACUGAUGAUGGUAGGAUGUUUUGUUCUUAACUGGCAAAAUAUUAACAUGUCCUUGUUUUGUUCAUCUGCAGUAAUUGAUUGUGGAGAACCUGAACCUCUGCUGAAUGGAGGGGUGACCUACCUGUCUGGCUCUCAGAAUCAGUACCAUUCUGUUGUGCAGUAUCACUGUAAUGAACCAUUUUACACUCUUACUGGGGGCGUAAGUGUCACGUUCACCUGUGAAGCAGAUGGAAAGUGGAGAUCCAACCACAGCGAUGUCACUCUAACAUGUAUACCUGUCUGUGGCCAGCCAACAAAACUCAUCUCUACUUAUCAGCGGAGCAUUGCAAGCAGUGAAGGUCCAGACAGCAAAAUCCCCUGGCACGUGCUACUGAAUAUAGAUGGAAGAAUAGGAGGAGGCAUGGUGAUCGCAGACCGCUGGAUUAUGACUGCAGCUCAUACCCUAACACAUGACAGGAAACCAAUAUCAAAAGAAACUGUACAGAUCUACAUGGGACCUAUUAAUGCUAAAACCCUGCUGGGCUCUCCUGUGUCUGCUGCUUCAAUCCACAUUCACCCUGAAUACAACAACCCCGACUUCUUAGACUACAACAGUGACAUUGCCUUGAUCAAACUGCAAGACCUGAUCACAUUCAACUCUUCGGUCAUGCCAAUAUGUUUGCCAGCAGAGGGAGCCACAUACGUCACUGACACCAUAGGACUGGUGUCAGGCUUUACCAUUACAGAGCCUGACAAUCAACAGAUUUUAACAAAUGAUCUGAAGUAUGUGCACCUCCUUGUGGUGGAGCAGGAGACAUGCAGUAAUUCAGUAAAUAAACUGAAGGAGACCAUGGACAAUGUACCAAAUCUGACAAACAACAUGUUUUGUGCUGGAGUCCCCGAAGGUGGGAAGGACUCCUGCCACGGUGACAGUGGAGGCCCCUUCGCCCUGAGACAUGACGGACGGUUCUGGGCUGCUGGGAUUGUCAGCUGGGGGGUUGGCUGCCAAAAUCAAGGAACAUAUGGAGUCUACACCAGAGUUGCUAACUACCUGGACUGGAUUUACAAGACUAUGCAGGAGAACUCAGAGUUCUUUUUGCCAAGACAAACAAAUCCUGGAGGUGAAAUUCUGUUGCAAAAUACUUCAAACCACAGCCUAUGUCACAUUAAUGGUUCAUCUGAGCAUGAGACAUAUCGCCUAAAGCUUCAGUCACACAGAGAUAAACUAACUGCAGACAUGAGACGGACCUACGGUGUUAUAUGGGUUCUGUGUUUGUGGGUGAGUGGGUGUUGGCAGCCGCUCAACUCUGAGCCUGUAAUGCAAGGGGAGGUCCAGUCACCUCAGUAUCCCCAGCCUUACCCUCCCAACCUGCUGAGGCAAUGGGACCUUUUGGUUCCUGCAGGAUACCAGAUCCAGCUGUCACUAACACACCUGGAUAUUAAAGCUUCUUCAGGCUGCAUUCAAGAUUCUCUGACGGUUCUCCAUGAUGGAAAGGUCUUGGGGAAGUUUUGUGGCCAGGAAAAUUCAACUGAUCACCCAGGUAAAGAGCGGAUCCUUUCUCCAGGCAACACACUGACUCUCAUAUUCAAAACAAGUGACUCCACUCCAGAGCUCCAACAGCACAUCGGCUUCUCAGCUACUUACGAGACAAUAGUAGUUGAUUGUGGAGAACCUGAACCUCUGCUGAAUGGAGGGGUGACCUACCUGUCUGGCUCUCAGAAUCAGUACCAUUCUGUUGUUCAGUAUCACUGUAAUGAACCAUUUUACACUCUUACUGGGGGCAGAAAUGUCACUUUCACCUGUGAAGCAGACGGAAAGUGGACAUCCAACCACAAUGAUGUCACUCUAACAUGUAUACCUGUCUGUGGCCAGCCCACAAAACUCAUCUCUACUUAUCAGAGGGUCAUGGGAGGCAGUAGGGCUCCAGACAAUACCAUACCCUGGCAAGUGAUGUUGAGUGCAGAUGGACCAAGAGCAGGAGGCAUGGUGAUUGCAGACCGCUGGAUUAUGACUGCAGCUCAUGCCCUAACACAUGAUGGAAAACCACUUUCAAACAAGACUGUCCAGAUUUACAUGGGACUUACUGAUACUGAAACCCUGUUGGGCUCUCCUGUGUCUGUUGAUUCAAUCCAUGUUCACCCUGAAUACAACAGCAGCACCUUCAACAAUGACAUUGGCUUGAUCAAACUUCAACACCCAAUCACAUUCAACUCAUCCAUUAUGCCAAUAUGUUUGCCAGCAGAGGGUGCCACAUACAUGACUGGAGAAAUGGGACUGGUGUCAGGCUUUGGCCGUACGGGCCAAGGGACUCCAGCGGGUAAGCUGAGGUACGUGCAACUCCCUGUGGUGGAUCAGGAGACAUGCAGUAAUUCAAUCGGCUCACAAAGUCUGUCAGAUAACAUGUUUUGUGCUGGAGUUCCUGAAGGUGGGAAGGAUGCCUGCGCUGGUGACGGUGGAGGCCCCUUUGCCCUGAGAGACAACGGACAGUUCUGGGCUGCUGGGAUCGUCAGCUGGGGGGUUGGCUGCGGACGCCCAGGGAACUAUGGAUUUUAUACCAAAGUUGCUAACUACAUGGACUGGAUCAACAAGACUAUGCAGGAGAAUUGAAAUUUAGAGUAAUUCAUGACGUGAUGUAAAGAUGUUGAUGAAACAAAUCUCUACACAAAGUCAUACGAUACAAUACAAGAAAAAGAAUUGCUCAAAAUAUGCUCUUUCUGCAGCGCUCAUGCACAUAAACAAAAAGUUAUAAAUCAAGAUAAUGUGCCAGUGUGUGGUAAAAUGAAGUGCAAUCAUGAUUAGGACAAUUUUAAAACUUCCUGAAAUUACUGAAUGAAUGUCAAACUGAACGUCGAGUCAUCACAAUGUAUUAAAAUCUCCCAAAAGCAUUUAUUCAAUAAAGUUACUUCAUAUUUCUUUAUGAAGUCAAAAAACA